UUGCUUUCUUCUAGCCAAUGAGAGAAAGGGUUACACAGAGUGUGGUGAUGACGCUGCAGUGGCGGAGUAGUACGAAGAGUGGGCGUGAUCCGUCACGGACCUCACAUCCACUUCUUCCAUAGAUUGUGGAGAAGACACCCCGAGACUGAAGCGACCAGCAAGCGCACGCUUCAUCUCCAGGACGGACCCUUCUCGGCUGCAGUAACCAAGCAAUUGGUACUGUACGACUCUGUCUGGCUAACCGACAAUGAGUUCGGACAUGUAUUCUGAGGAACCCGGCGUCCCGGACGUCGGCAAGUCGCCAAGGGAUCUUGACGAGGAGGCCUACAUGCCGACGUACGCAGAGGCCUUCCCGCCUCUUCCUCAAACUGCUGUGGAUCGGGCAGCUGUCAGCGAUGCACCGGUGUGGGGCGCGAAACCUAUCAAGUCUUCCAUAACCACUCAGGUUUUCCGCGUCCCUGUGGAGGAGCGUCGCUACAAGCAGUUGAACGAUGAACAGUUUGGGGAGGAGGGGAAGCAACAGGCCAAGGCCUGCCAGGACAUCAUGAAGAACACGGCUUGUCACAUUGAGAUCAGUCUUUCCAAGGACCAGAGUCUGACCAUCAUGGUGACUGGGAAACAGCAGGACGUCAUGAAGGCUCGCAAGGAACUUCUGUCUCAACUCCAGACUCAAGCACAGGCCAAUGUCAACAUCCCCAAGGAACACUACCGCUACAUCCUCGGACGUGCCGGCAAGAAACUCCAAGAUCUGGAAAUGGCCACCGCGACCAAGAUCACCAUCCCCCGCCAGGACGACAAGACCAACAUCAUCAAGAUAACCGGUACCAAGGAGGGCAUCGAGAGGGCUCGCCACGAGAUACAACUCAUCUCCGACGAACAGGCUAAGUUGGCCUUCGAACGCCUUCCGGUGCCAAAGUGUUUCCACCCAUUCAUCCGUGGACCCAAGGACGAAAUCCUGAACCAGAUCAUAGCGGAUACGGGCGCUCGCAUCAACAUCCCGCCACCCAGUGUGAACAAGGACGAGCUCACCGUGGCGGGUGAGAAAGAAGCUGUCCAGAGAGCUGUGCAACGGAUCAUGGGUAUCUAUGACGAAAAGAAACGCAAGACCUGCACCAUCUCUGUGGAGGUGCGGAAGUCCCAGCACAAGUACGUGAUCGGUCCCAAGGGAAACAACCUGGCAGAGAUCAUGGCGACCACGGGCGUUUCCGUGGAGAUGCCUGCCCUGGACACGCCCACGGAGACCAUUCUCCUGCGCGGGGAACAGGACAAGCUCGGCAUGGCGCUGACCCAAGUCUACGCACGGGCUAACAGUGUUGUGAUUGACGAGGUUGUGGCCCCGGCAUGGCUCCAUCGCUUCAUCAUCGGACGGAAGGGACAAAACAUCCGCCAGAUCAUGCAGGACCUCCCCAAGGUUCACAUUGAGUUCACGGAUGGACAGGACAAGAUCACCCUGGAGGGCCCUCCUGAGGAAGUGGAGCAGGCUCGCAGGGCUCUGGAGGAAAUCACCCGCGAUCUGCAAAGCCGCAUGGACUUCGCUGAGCUGACUGUUGAACAGAAGUACCACCGUCACAUCAUUGGCAAAAACGGAGCAAACAUCACGAGGAUAAAGAAUGAGACCAAGACCUCCAUCCGUAUCCCACCUGAUGAGGAGAACAGUAACCUGAUCCGCAUCGAGGGCGACCCGGCCGGCGUGCAGGAGGCCAAGAAGGAAAUCUCAGACAUGGUGAACAAAAUGGAGAACGAACGUACCAAGGACAUCCUGAUUGAACAGCGCUUCCACAGAACCAUCAUCGGCACCAAGGGGGAGAAGAUCCGGGAGGUGCGCGACAAGUUCCCCGAGGUCAUCAUCACCUUCCCAGAACCCUCCCGGAAGAGCGAUGUGGUGACACUGCGCGGGCCCAAGCAGGACGUGGACAAGUGCUUCAAGUACCUGACCCAGAUGGUGCAGGAGAUCGCCGCCCAGAACUACAAGAUAGACGUGCCCAUCUACAAGAAGUUCCACAAGAACAUCAUCGGCAAGGGAGGAGCAACCAUUCGUAAGAUCCGUGAAGAGACCAAUACACGCAUUGAUCUCCCCACGGAGAGUAGCGACUCGGAUGUCAUCUCCAUCAUCGGCAGGAAGAAAGACUGCGAGGACGCCCGCGACAGGAUCCAAGCCAUACAGAAUGAACUGGCCAAUGUCACAUCUGUUGACAUCAACAUCCCAGCCAAGUUUCACAACUCCAUCAUUGGUGCCAAAGGUCGCCUCAUUCGCUCCAUCAUGGAGGACUGCGGCGGCGUCAUCAUCCGCUUCCCGGACGAAGGCUCGGGCUCCGACAAGGUGACCAUCCGCGGGCCCAAGGAGGAUGUGGAGAAGGCCAAGCAGCAGUUGCUGGAGCUGUCCAAUGAGCGGGCUCAGUCUGGACACACCUCAGAAGUACGUGCCAAACCCGAGCAUCACAAGUUCCUGAUUGGACGCGGAGGUGCCAACAUUCGCAAAGUCCGGGACAACACCGGUGCCCGCAUCAUCUUCCCGACCUCGAAAGAUGACGACCAGGAACUGAUCACCAUCAUGGGCACGAAGGAAGCGGUGUCCGCAGCCCGCACAGAGCUGGAAGGACUGAUCAAAGACCUGGACAAGAUUGUUGAAGGUGACGUGAGCGUUGACCCCAAGUACCACCGUCACUUUGUCGCCCGCCGCGGCGCCGUGCUGCGAGAGAUCGCAGACGACUUUGGCGGCGUGCAGGUCAGCUUCCCUCGCAGCGGGGUGAAGAGUGACAAGGUGGUUCUGAAGGGAGCCAAGGACUGUGUGGAGGGUGCCAAGAACAGGAUCAUGGAAAUCGUGGCUGAUCUGGAAUCGCAGGUAACCAUCGAGUGUGUGAUCGCCCAGAAGAACCACCGCACCGUGAUGGGACCCAAGGGCUCCCGUGUCCAGGCUGUCACGGCUGAGUUUGAAGUUGGCAUCAAGUUCCCGGACAGAAGGACUGAAGAACCCUCCAGCCCAACAAGUCCUAAUGGUACAGGUGAAGAGGCGGUCGUCAAUGGGGACGCAGCAAGCCAGGAGAGUGGCGAAGCCGAACCCAAGAAAAGCGAUAUUAUCCUCAUCACGGGCAACAAGGACCGCUGUGAGCAAGCCAAGGCAGCUUUACUGGCCCUUGUGCCCAUUACUGAGGAGGUUGAGGUGCCAUUUGACUACCACCGCUUCAUCAUCGGACAGAAGGGGCGCGACAUCCGCAAACUGAUGGAGGAGAACGAUGUGAACAUCACCAUCCCACCCGCCAACCUGGAGUCCAACUUCAUCAAGAUCACUGGCCCCCCCACCAACGUGGAGAGGGCCAAGGGCGCCGUGGCCGCCCGCGUGGAAGAACUGGACAAGGAAAAGGAAGAUAGGAUCCUGCGCAACUUCCAACUUGUGGUGACAGUUGAUCCCAAGUACCACCCCAAGAUCAUCGGCCGCAAGGGGGCGGUCAUCAGCAAGAUCCGCCAGGACCACGACGUGAACAUCCAGUUCCCUGACAAGGGGAAGGAGGAAGAAGAAAACAAGAUCGUCGUCACAGGUUAUGAGAAGAACGCUGAGGCUGCCAAAGUGGACAUCCUCAAGAUAGUCAGUGAACUGGAGGACAUGGUAAGCGAGGAUGUCUGGAUCGACAGCCGUGUCCACCCGCGCCUGAUCGGUGGCCGCGGCCGUGCCAUCCGCAAGGUCAUGGACGACUACAAGGUGGACAUUCGCUUCCCAACCCCCAACGCAGAGGACCCGAACAUCGUGAACAUCACAGGCCUGCCUGAACAUGUCGAGGAUUGCAAGGAUUACCUGCUCAACCUGGAGGAGGAAUAUAUGCAAGAUAUCGUGGAUCAGGAGGCCAUGUCACAGUACAUGAAGCCCUCACGUACUGAGGAGGCAUCUGGCAACCGCCCAGCCCACUCCAAGGGGUUUGUCGUACGCGAUGCCCCGUGGAGCGCCGCCCCUCCCGACAGCACGGACACCACGGAAUUCCCCACCCUGGGGAACACGGCUAGCCCCGCCCCUCCCGUGCAGGGCGGCGCUGUGCGUUGGGGACCACGCCGCUAAAUCUCCCGACUCACUGUAGAUCCCCAGCAACUGCAGCAUGCUUCGCCUCCCUCACUGUUGACCACAUCUUAGGCUUGUGUAAUGGGGAGUUUAGACAGAUUAUCGUUUCAGCAUGUCUGUGUUGUUUGCGUAGAAACUAUUUGCCAAAGCCAUGUCGGAAAUGCGUUUAUGUGAGAAGUGAAGCAGCCAGAAUUUUUGUCUCCAGUGUUGAUGUUUUGAAGUCCCCAUUUUCUCAUUCCUAAGAUGUGGUCUGCUUUGCCCAAAUGAGCAGACAUCCUUUACCCUAAACCACCCCUCACAUCUUGCAGCUGCUUUGACAUCAUGUUUACCAGAAUAUUAUUGACUUGUGUGCCUUGAACUAAAACACCAUAGAGUGGAACCCAUGAUUCUUACAGUAUACAUGUGCAAAGUUCAAAAUAAAUAAAGGGAUGGACUUACAGUAGAUAAGCGACAAUCAGGAAUGGGGCUACAUAUUAAUUUGUAUGGACAUUUCUGCAAUAACUCUAGCAUGAAACUGUCAUACACGACCAUUGCUUUGUCAUGUAAGAGCAGGAAAUGUGUAUGUCACAAAAGUUGUAGUUAACUCUAGGAAACAUGCUCUUCUUUGAAGAUAAACAAAUGUCUGAUAAUUAUUCGUGUAUUCAUGAGAAAAUGAUCAGACAAGCAAUUGUUCCACUUUCUUAUGUAUGAAUGAUGUUUUUUGUUUCGUAAUUCUUUCUAUAAUUCCUUACUUUCAUGGUGCUGCCUUGAAUGAAAGUGCAUGAGUGGCGAAAUUCUUGUCUUUUGAUGUUAAAGUAACCAUACCUGUGUAGUUCUUUGCCUACUGAACAACAGUAAUUUUUCCUUUUGUGUCUUGACUACUAUGCUACUGUUCACUAUUUUUCAUCGAGUCUAGCAAAAAGUGGAAAUAAUAGAAAAUCUAAGAGAAAAAGUAUAAAAACAGAACUAAUUCCUUAAUGGAAAGUAUGGAUAAUAUCAACAAACUUCCAAUAGUGUUAUGAAGACGUUAAGUUAUAGGGUACAAAUUCUGUAUUUUGCCUGAGCCACUACUUUACAAGGAUGUAGUAGUUAGGCACCCUAGGCCCUAGGGAAAAGUGUAAAGGGUCAUGUUUUCUGCAACUUGGCAGACAUGCCUGACAAAGAAGUGCUUCUCAGAAGGAGGAAGCCUGAAGAAAUAAAACUAGAUACUAUGAUGACAA